CGAAUUUAAUAAUUUUUUCCUACUCGAUUUAAGUUCAAAAUGAACUCAAAUAUUUAUUUUUUUCUAUUCACACUCAAGUUCAAAUUCAAACAUUUUAAAAACUAAACCGGACGAAGUGAUCCGGUUCGGGGUUGAUUUUGACUCCGAACUGCAAGGGCCCAAACUCUACAAUUAUUAAACUUCUCCCCAAAUUCAACAUAUAAUUCGCCAUUCUUCCACAUACGCGUACGAAUACGAGCUCAGGAGCUUAAAUGUUCAAGUUCUGCUCCGGAAAUGAAUCAGCUCUCGAAUGCAUUUUCAAUGCUGGAUUUGGAUGUUUCGGAUAGCCAGGAGGACUCGGAACUUGCUGCCAUAGGAGUCGGAAAAAGGAAUAAGGAAGACGACUGCUCGGGAGAGGUGACUAAGCUAGAAAAUGAUAAUGAUGGGGAGAAGGUGGGAAUUGGCAAUGAAGAGUUCAAGUUGCCACUUGUUUGGAUUGAUCUCGAAAUGACUGGUUUGAAUGUUGAAGUAGAUAGGAUAUUGGAGAUUGCUUGUGUGAUCACUGAUGGAAAGUUGACCAAAAUUGUUGAGGGACCAGAUUUAGUCAUUAAUCAACCAAAGGAGUGCCUUGAUAAUAUGGGAGAAUGGUGUCAAGAGCAUCAUGCGACAAGUGGUCUGACUGAAAAGGUGCUUGGGAGUACAAUCACUAUUGAAGAAGCUGAGAAGCAGGUUAUCGAGUUUGUGAAGAGCAAUGUUGGGGGCACAUACUCCCCACUUCUUGCUGGGAAUUCAGUUUAUGUUGAUUUCCUCUUCUUGAAGAAGUACAUGCCGGAACUGGCAAAUCUUUUCUCACAUGUUCUUGUUGAUGUCAGCAGUGUCAAGGCAUUAUGCAUCCGUUGGUUCCCCAGAGAGAACAAAAGAGCUCCACGAAAGGAAAACAAGCAUAGAGCUAUGGAUGACAUCAAGGAGAGCAUAGCAGAACUCAAAUACUACAAGGAUAGCAUCUUCAAAUUUACCAGGUUCAGGAAUUAAAAGGAAUCUUCCACCCGGAAACCGGGGACGGGCCUUUUUGCAACAAAAAAAAAAAGAUGUUUUCCCAUUUUGUGUAUAGUGUGGCAAUUUAUGAAACUUCAUACUAUGAACCAUCUCUGCAAAAUCAUCACCCUAGUGUAAUGUGUCAUGAUUUUUGUGAUCCAAACAAGCCUUAUGUGAGCCUCUGUAUGGACGUAUGAUAAUAUUUGGUUAGAAGUUGUUUCAUUAUCUGUUUUUUCAUUCAUUGAUAUUCUCUAAGGGCACGUUUGGCACGGUGGAAGUUUUGCCAUGUUUGCUUCAACUAAAGGUUUGCUCGUGUU